AUGCGUAUAAGACUUGCUAUUGGGGGUUUAGGACUUUUAACAUAUAUUCAAGCUGUUUAUCUUUUAGUUGAGGAUAAUUUAAAACAUGAAGAUUUAAAUUCUUUUUUAUUAGUUAAUCCAUGUAUAUCGUGUAGUAAAUAUAAUGAGACUUUGUACGACUAUAAGAAUGCAUCAAAUUCAACAAAAGAAUCAAUAGUUAGACGUUUGAAAUGUCAUGAAUCAUCGAAAGAUAAUAUUUAUUAUUUUAUUAAAAAAACAGUUGAUAAAAAUGGAAAAAAUAGAGAAAAAAGAGAAAAUUGUAGAGCGCUAAAUAUUCUAGAUGGAAAAAUAUAUGUAGUUAAAUGUGAUCUACUUUUUCCAUCAAUAUGCACGAAUUCUGGAAAAAGACGGGAUUCAAAAACCCUACAAUCUACUGAUCCAAAGCUUUCGUAUACUGUAAACAGUACGUUUGGGCUAGUAACGGGCACACGGACAGAUGCUACUUUUACAUUCCUUGGAAUUCCUUAUGCACUUCCACCUGUUGGAGAUUUACGAUUUAAAGAUCCAGUUCGAAUAUCGAAGAUUAAUGAUACAUGGAAUGGGACAUAUUAUCGGUCAUAUUGCCCUCAAGAUUCUGGAACUGUUUCUUCACCUUUGCUUAAUGAAGAUUGUCUUUAUUUGAAUGUUUAUUCACCUUAUAUUCCAGAACUUGGAGAUUCCACUUCAUCAUUAUUACCAGUCAUGGUAUGGAUUCAUGGGGGAUCCUAUAUCCGUGGUAAUCUGCAAAGCGGCUAUAAUGACCCUAGUCAUCUUGUUUCACAUGAAAAUGUAGUUGUAGUAACACUUAAUUAUCGUCUUGGGGUUCUUGGAUUUUGGGGCUGUGGAAAUCAAGCAGUAAAAGAUCAAAUUACUGCACUUCAAUGGGUUAGGCAAUACAUUGGUUUUUUUGGAGGAGAUCCAUUAAGAAUAACAAUUGCAGGUGAAUCUGCUGGUGCAAGUUCAGUUAGAACACUUUUAUCAGCUAAAAGUAAGACAGAGGGUUUGGCUCACGCUGCUGUUAUGAUGUCUGAUCCUGUUUCUAUGGGUUUUGAUACAAAGGAUUCUGCUAUGAUUAUUGCUAAACUUUAUGCACAAGUUUCUGGAUGUUUUACAGAAGAUAAUUUUGACAUUUCUUCUCCGAAACUUAUGGACUGUAUGCGUAAAUUAACAGCAGAAGAUGUUAUUGUGUAUCAGUCGGUUGUUCUUCUUACUGGUUCUAUGAUGAAUGAUAGUAUUACUUUUGGGGAAACAUUCAAGCCAUGUAUAGAUGGUGAUGUUUUAACGGAGGAUUUUCUCGAUUCUAUUGAGACUGGUGAUUUCCUUAAGGUUCCUUUAAUGCUUGGAACUGUCAGAGAUGAAGCUGCUUUUUUUAUCGAUAGUUUCAAUGAAUUUUUCCAUCUCGAGGAUUUUCUUCUUUUUAUUCUUUCUGCUUAUUUUAAUCGAGAACAAAUCCAAAAGAUUAUGACUAAUGAAUAUUACACUAAAAAUCUUAAUUCUAGCGAUGUAGAAAGUUCUAAGAAUUUUCUUUCAACUGUUUUUACAGAUGCUAUUUGGGUAUGUCCUACAAACUUAGUUGCAGCGAAAAUGUCGAAAUAUGUUAGUCUGUAUUAUUAUUAUUAUAAUUAUCCUUAUUUAUGGGCGCAUCCACCUACUUCUUAUUGUUAUCAACGUAUAUGCCAUGCAGAUGAUCUUCCUGCUUUCUUAGGAUCAAUUGCUGUACAAGGUAUUGAAGCUCUUUAUGAUUCUAAUGGAACAGUAGCUGAGCCUGAUCUUACAUUUACUAAAAUUAUUCUUUCACGUCUUGGUUCUUUUUUAAGGACGCAUAAUCCUAAUCCUGAUCCUGAUAAGCUUUGUUAUAAUAAAGAGUUUUUUAAAGUGGGUGAUUGUGAUAAAAGAACUGUUAUAUGGAAAACUUUUCAACCUAAUUCAUCCCUUGAAGAUGCACCAAGUUACUUCAAUAAUUCAUCUAAUGGAAAAGUAUAUGGACCUGUACAUAUAUUAAACAUCACCGAAUCGACAUCUGGUAAUUUUAUAGUUCCUAGGGAUAUAUGUGAUUUUUGGUAUAAACUCGGACUUCACGCUCAUGUUUAUUCUUCAAAGAAAGGAGUACUUAAGAUUGACUCAUAG